CGUCCAUAAACCCUAGAAGAAAAAACCCUAACCUCUCAAGUCUCAUCUGAAAUCGCUUCCCACCGCCCACGAGAUUAUCAUCUUUCAUUUCCAAUCCGAUAACCACAAAUGGCGAGGAAGAAAUCUUCCCAGAACCUCCACCAGGAGGAGCAGGUCACCCAGAUAGAGAAGCCCCACGAGACUAACAUGGAGGAUCCCUCAGAAAAGCUCGCCAGUUUGAAAUCUCUCAAUGCUCUUCUUCUCAAAGAAACCGUCGAGCGGAGACAACAAGUCAAUGCUCUUGUUCAAUCCAAAGAGGCACUCGAAUCGGAGAUCUCUCGGUCUUGGAUCGAGAAACAGAGAUUGGAGUCGGAGAAGAAGUUCUUCGAAGAAGAAACUAUCGUAGCCGAACUUGAACAGAGAUUAACCUUAGCUUUCGUAUCUUCUCAACUCAAUCAACAAGCUGAGAGCUUGAGGAACGAAAUAAGGAGAGCAGAUGAAGAUAUGAGAUCUCAAACUGCUAUUUUUAAGGCUAAGCUGGAGGAGAAAAUCAAUGAGAAGGAGAAAGCACGGAGGGAAACGGAGACGAAGGUGGUAGAGCAACAGACAGAGAUUGACCAGAUCAGCGAAGACUUUCGUAGGUACAGGGAUGAAGUCCGAGAGGAUCUAAUUCUGAAACAGAAGGAGGCGGAUCGGUUGAGGUCAACGGUAGUGGAGCUGGAGAAGAGUAAUGCUGAGGCUCGUGAGGAGAUUGGACGUUUACAAAUGGAACGCGAUGAAGUUCGACAAGAGAUGGAGAGGAAGUAUCAAGAUUUGAAGAGAGAGAUGGAAAGUGCUGUUAGGGAGAGGGAAGAGAUUGAGGCGGCAAGGAACGAACAGGUUCGUGAAAUUGGCUCCUUGAAGAAAUCGGUGGAUGCACUAACUGCCGAUCUCAGCAGUGAGAGAGAGGUGUAUUCUCGUGUUCUUCGUGAGAAAGAUCUGAUUCAGCAGGAGCUCGACAACCACAUGGAGGAGAUAAAACGUCUGACAUCAACUCUUCUUGCUCUGGAGAAGAAUAUAUCAGAGACUCAUGAGGAACUCCUCCAACUGCAGACAGAGCACAAACUACUUCGCGAAUACAAAGAAAAGAUGGAAAGAAGUCUUGCAGCGUUAGAAAGAGACAAGGCCUCCGCAGAGAGAAGCUUGACGCAGUCAUCACAACAGAUAGAAGGUCUGACGAGAGAAAUCACAGAACUUGUUGCAGACAAGAAGAAAAUCCAGAAUGAGAGAACUCAGCAGGCAGUGGAGAUUACAGAAUUGCAAAAAGAAGUGGCUCAGCUCAGUGCCACCAUUUCCAAUCUACAAAAGCAAGAAGAAAUUUUGCAGCUGAGGAUUUCCGAGCUAGGAAAAAGUAACACGGAUGCUCGAGAGAAGCAAGAGCAAUUGUUGAUAGAGUUCAAUGCUUUGGUUGAAGAGAAAAAGGAGAGAGAAAUCGUCCUUGAUGAGUUACUGAAGGAGAAAUUUUCAGUCACAGAGAGUCUCGAAGAGUCCUUGAGGCAACAAGAGGAGCAAGGGAGAAAGAUGGAGGAAAUAGCCAUUGAGAAGGCUGAGAUAGAGCAGGUGAAGAUCAAGCUGGAGGCUGAAAUCUUCCAGUUGCAUGAAGAGAUGAGCAAGCUAAGGGCCACUGCAUCUACACUGCAAGAAUCAUGUCUAGAACAUGAAAAGAACAAUAUCCAACUCCAAUCGGAAGCCAUCCAAAACAGAGAUGCUCUUGAACGUGUUGCUCUUGAGAAGGAUGAUGCUCUGAAGCUACUUGAUAAGGAGAAAAAGGAGUUGUCUAUCCUGAGAUUGAAAAUUCUGGAACUGGAGAAGAAAGUGGAGGAGACCAAAGAAGAACUUGCUCAGCUAAGUACAGAACGUGAUGGGCUAGUUGAAGAGAAGAAAGAAGGGGGCAGAAGCCUUCAAUUGCUAAAUGAGGAGAAGGCUUCAUUGCAGAUGGCCCUAUCAGAAGCCCAACAAGGUCUUGAGGAUCUGCAGGUUAAGAUGACAUCCACAAACAAGUUGUCUGAGCAAACCUUAUCCAUGUUGAAGGACACUGUAAACCUAGUGCGUGGACCUGUACAGGAUAAGAAGGAUGGUAAGGGAGAAGCAAUUUUUGAUGCAGAGAAAAACAAUGGAGAGAUUCGACCCUUUGCAGCAGAGUUAGAAGUAAUCAAGAGAGCCUUUAGAAAUAGAGAAGCAAAGGUGGAGUACUUGUCCCAACAAAUCAAGUCCCUUGAGAACUCUGUAAUGGAGGCACAGAAGAGGAAGGGCUUCUGGACGUUGCUUUCCUCUGCGACAACAAUUUUUGCUGCAGCAUCUGUGGCCUAUGUUGCUAGGGGACGCUAAGUGAUCUGUAUCUUGUGUCUUUUUUCAAGGUUAUCUGUGUUUUUUAGCUGCUGAUUAAGGAUAGAUCUCUCCAAUGGCUAAAAUGCCAGAUGGUAUCUUUUUCCCUGAACAAUGUAGGGCUUUGAGGUUCUUCCAACUAGGAAGAACCAUUUUUUGAUCCUGAAAUGAAAAUCUCAGAUGUUAAAACUGUUCAAUUCAAUUUUAUAUCGCCAAGGGCCUUUUGUCUU